AGAUCUAGGAAUACCUGUCCCCCUCAACCCCUCCCCUCGCUCGGUCUCUCGUAGCCUACUCGUUCUCUCGCCCUCUCUCUCGUUCACACACACAGAUACAAGCAAAGAGAAAGAGAGAGGGAGCGCUGCCGGGUCGGCUUACAGUUCUGAAGUGCUGCGUGACAGCGGACCCAGAGCGCGAGAAUGGAGUUUUUGCUGAAACUCGCGCUCUGUUGCACUGUCGGUCUUCUAGGAGUAACUGGAUUUGACAAUAGGCGCCGCCAAAGGUGCAUGUCUGUGCGUCUAAGCAUGAGCACGGUUCGCCGGCAGUCUGUCUCCCGAAAGCGGGUCGUCGUCGCUGAUUUGUUGCCUGGGCCACUGGAGCUGUCCAAUGGGCUAUGCUGGUUCGGCUCCAAGGUGGAUUGCUGCUGGGGCUGGAAGCGAGUCAAUUGGGGAGAAUGCCAGCCUGUAUGCGAAUCAGGUUGCAAGAAUGGCGACUGUGUCGGCCCAGACAAGUGCAAGUGCCAUGCAGGUUACACUGGGAAGACCUGCAACCAAGAUGUGAAUGAGUGUGGUCUGAAGCCCAGGCCGUGUAAGCACAGAUGUGUGAACACCCUCGGCAGCUACAAGUGCUACUGCCUGAACGGAUACAUGAUGAUGCCAGACAACACCUGCCAAAGCCGUACGUGUGCGUUGGCUAACUGUCAGUAUGGCUGUGAGAUGAAGAAGGGGGAGGUGAGGUGUCUUUGCCCAUCGCCAGGACUGCGCCUCGGACCAGACCACAGGACCUGCGUAGAUGUGGAUGAAUGUGCGACGGGUCUGGCGUCAUGCCCACGGUCGCGUCAGUGUGUGAACACCUUUGGCAGUUACCUCUGCACCUGCCACCCCGGAUUCACCCUGCGAUACGCCAAUGGACGAUACCGCUGCAUAAGUGACCGCUCGCUCUGUUUCGACACCCCAGGGUCCCGGAAGUGCAAGUGCAAGGAGAUGCCCUAUGGGAAAGGCCUCUUCUGCAGACCUUUACUCAAGAUAAACAUACCGCCCAGACCACCGAGAAUCACAAUCAUCCCACCAGAUAUCCCCACGACGUCUAAAGCCACAACAACCAAAGCUACAACAACCAAAGCUACAACAACCAAGAGACCCACAACCAAAGCAGUGAGGAAACCCAUACGAAAGCCAACAACAACCAUCAAAAAACCACCACCUCCUCCACCACCACCAACGACUACUACAACAAGGAAACCUACAACCACCACCACCACAAGAAAACCAACCACCACAACCGCGUCAACCACAACACCUCCACCACCACCUACAACAACUACAACUACGAUUCGUCCAACCACAACCAAAGUGACCACAAGGGAUACCCCAACGCCUACAAAGCCUACUACAUUGGAUACUACGCUUGUAGCAACGGAACCCCAAACAACCACUACCGUGGCAACCACCACCACAACAACGGAACUUGUAACAACUGUUGCAACCACCACGACACCGAUUACCACGACAACGGUGCAGCCCACGCCUGUCAGGGUGUCGAAGAAGCCCACUGCACCCCCGACGACAACCCCACUGGUAACCACGGUGAUGACUACAACGGUCAUCCCUAUGGAUACCACCACUUUCAACAAUAACAUCGUGGACACGCCCAAGCCCAGAGGGGAUGUGCACAUCCGUAAAAAGGAGAAAGAGAAUAACGUGUUUGAUCUGGACUUCGACAUCGAGUUGGGGCUCACAGGAGAGUACGCCAAGGACCAAGCAAACCCUGGCUCUGUGAGCUGCUCAUUUGAUGAGGGAGUGUGUCCCUGGCUGAAUGACAAGGAGGGAGACGUACACUGGGAGUCAAGAGUAGACCCUACAGGUGGGCGGUACCUGGCGGUGGGGGAGGGUCGGUGGGGGGGUGGGGGCCGCAGCGUGAGGGGGGCUCGACUCACCAUCCCAUUCAGCACCGUCAGCGGCCCACUCUGCCUCACCUUCCGAAGUCACAUGAUUGGAUACCAGGUGGGCACACUGCAGGUCUUCGCCAAGAAAGGCCCCGCCCACCACGGUCACCAUGGUCACCACAGCAACGCCCACAGCACGGCUCUCUGGACCAGGACUGGAGGACACGGCUGGAGACACGCCCACAUCUCCAUGCAGGGGAGGGGCCUGCGGAGUCUUGUCAUCAAGGGGGAGAAGAGGAAAGGCAGAAGAGGAGAGGUGGCAAUCGACGACCUCAGCUUACGAAGGGGACUUUGCAGCACCUAAACACACACACACACACACACACACACACACACACACACACACACACACACACACACACACACAAACACGUCUGUUUUUCUAGCGUUGUGGGGACCUGCCAUUCUGGUUUUUCUAUCAUACUGGGGACUUUUGGUUGGUUCAUAUACUAUGAAUGGAUAAAUAGAUACUGUAUGUGUGCGCACACACAGACACAAAGACACACACACACACACACACACACACACACACACACACACACACACA